GCCCACGACGCUCGCGCUUCCGUCACUCUCAACUUGAGUGUCACCGCUCCGGCUGAUACCUCAACUCUCAGUUGGGAAGUGCUCAAAGACGAACCGAUAUCAUGGAGGCAUAUUCGAGAGGCGAUGAGACGGCAGAUCCUCCUAGUAUCUUGGAACAAUCAAGCCUAGAACGCUCAGGGAGAUUCGUCCCUGGCAUUAAUUCUUUUUCUGUCACCACUUCCGGUUCUGGAGACGUGAUGAACGCAUCGCGGCCCUUACCACUACCACAACUCCCCUUCGGCAAUCUUUACGCGUAUCACCAAGAGCCCGGACAACCACAACCCUAUUGCAAUCCAUACAGCCUCAGGGAGUACAGUUAUCGUGACAGCUUAGGAGGUUCGCAUUACAGUUCACCAUACACGAAGCCCGCUUAUAGGAAUGAUGAGGGUUAUCUCGGCACAGGUUGCCUCAUUUGGUUCCAAGAAAUGACCUAACUACCACCUGCCCAGCAUCUCGGCCGGGUUUGGUCUGCACCAUAACCAGUUCCAGCUCCAUUCUAGCGCCGACGCCUUCUUUGAUGUGGAGAAUAAGCUUCCGCUUGUGAAAAGGUUCGAUACUA